AUGGCGGCUAAAUGGCAGCAAAUUAGCCGUCGUCGACGUCAAAAGUUUCAAAAAGAAGUGAUGGAACCAGUGGAUGAAGUUUCUACAGAGAAACAAUUGCAGAUAAUUCAACGAGUUCAUAUGAUUAGUCACGUUCUUCAAGAUUCCUUACUACUGAACGAGGCACUCAAUGCAAUUGCGAGUCAUUUUAAUUUCAUUCCAGCACAAAAGACGCUCAUGAAGGACGAAUUCCACGAAAAGGACGCUAAAAAUGAGAUGCAUCACAACGUUGUGAUGGUAAUUGGCUAUGGAAUUGGAAGCUUUUGUGCCUCGUCAAAUGCUGUUUAUCAAUUGGGGUUUCUCGUGGCACUAAAACAAGCUCUAGAUGAAAAGUUUUGCUCAAGUGGAGACGCUAAAAUUUCCAAGAUGUCAGACAGGAUUCCACAGGGUGUUGAAAUUUAUGAUCCAGCCAUGAACAAGAGUGACGCUUUUAUUGCAGAGCAGUUUCAGCUGAAAGUUAUUCAGGAGAAUGAGCAUGCACGACGGCAUGUCGUUUCCAACACGGUGUUCUUCAUGCCACACUGUGACAAGGUUCUGUACGAAAAUGUUCUUGCUUGCAACUGGGGUCCAGCUAUGAAGAAGCUUGUUAUCAUUGGCAACAGUUUUUCAGCAUACGGAGACCGUGUUCUUGCUGCCGAGGAGCGUCAACAGCUCUUACUUGUGAGCGUACUACCGUACCUGGAAGAAGUGCAUUUGUCGUGCGGUGUCUCCAAGAUCCACCAAGAUUUUGCACGUUAUGAGACGGCCUUUAACGACCUCAGCGUGCAUAGAUUCCCACCCGAUUUGUUGGAUCGUGCGCUGGAAACUGACAAGGAUCUUAUCGCGAGGAUAGCUGCAGUAACUAGUUCGAUCGGCUGA